UUCAAAUUAGAAAUCAGCAAAUUAAGGUCAAGACUUCAGGACAGCCAAAAUGAAUUGCCCUGCACCGAGGAUAGGUCAGGACUUCCGGAAAGCCAAAAUGAAUUGUCCAUCUCCAAAGAGAGGUCAGGCCUUCAGGACAGCAAAAAUGAAUUACCCAGCCCCAAAGAGAGAAUGAGUAAAGCAGUGGACCCCAUAUUAGAAAGUAGGGAAGAGUCCAGAGAAUCUGAACCGCCAACUGUGCUCAAGAAACGUGUAAGUAAGAAGCACUGGGUAAAACUCCCAUUCCAGCUGAGCUCAACAGGAAAUGAUGGGCAGCAGCCACAGGAAACGAAUGCAGAUGAACCAAAGAGCAGCAGGAAGCAAUCAGAGGAUGUGAUCAAGAGCCCACUGAAACAGUGCACUUCACCAGCAAAGGCAUUUAGUGCUUGUACCCAACCUAAAGUAUCACUAGUUUUUAUCGGCAUAGAUUUUGGCACAGCAUUCACUGGAUACAGCUUCGGGUUUAAAGGAGCAAAACAGAUUCGGCAGCCUAAAUGGGGUGAAGAGUACGGAAUGAACACCCCCAAAACUCCUACCUGCAUUUUGUUUGAUGAAAAUAAACAUUUUCUGAAGUUUGGCUAUGAUGCCAUAAUGAAUUACACCAGACAGACACGGAGAAAUGAAGCAAAGAAGCUUUUCCUCUUUGACGACUUCAAAAUGGAGCUCUAUGGCAAGGUGUUGCACAGAGACUCAAUGAUGACUGCCAAAAACGGGAAAAAAAUGAGAGCUAUGAAAGUGUUCUCUGAGAGCCUGAAAUUCAUGAAAGAUCACGCCCUGGAUAUGAUUGGAAAGCACACAGCUGGAGUAACGUACUCUGCCUCUGAUGCUACAUGGGUUUUGACGGUUCCAGCCAUCUGGAGUGCAGCAGCUAAACAGUUCAUGAGAGAAGCAGCUACAGAGGCUGGUCUGGUGACAAAAUCUGAGCCUGAAAGAUUGAUUGUAGCUCUGGAACCAGAAGCUGCAUCUGUGUGGUGUAAACAGCUCCCAAAGGAAGGUUUUAUGGAAGGAGAUCUUACAGAAGCAGAGACAAUAGAAGAAGUUCCAGGAACACAGUACAUGGUGGUGGACUGUGGAGGUGGAACCAUCGACAUCACGGUGCAUGAGGUGGUGGAAGGGGGUCGUCUAAAUGAGCUGCACAGAGUAUCGGGAAAUAACUUGGGUGGCCAGACAGUGGACAAGAACUUCAUAGCAUUCCUCAGAGAGAUAUUCUCUGAAAAGGUGUUUGAUGAGUUUGAGGAAAAUCAUCCCAGUGAGCUGAAGAGGCUGAUGUAUGAUUUUUCCAUGUGUAAGCGUUAUGAAGGAGAGGUGCUGGUGCAGUGUCCUUAUAAUUUACAAGAGCUAGCCAGGAAAGUAAAAGACAUAGAAGACUAUUUUGAGGGAAACCGUGAUGUUGAAUGGGAAAGUGGGUCAAUACUGCUGUCAGGGACAAAGCUGAGAGCUUUACAUGAAGACUGUAUCCAAGGCAUAGAGAACCUGAUGGAAGAUAUUUUGGAGAAGAGUAACCUGACCAUCAGGUAUAUCUUGCUUGUUGGAGGCUUUGCCCUGAGUCCUUAUGUGAAUGGCUUUGUUAAAGAGAAGUUUGGGUGUAAGUAUAAGGUGCUCUGCCCUGUGGAUGCUGCAAUGGCUGUUGUGAAUGGAGCUGUUAUGUUUGGCAGGAUGCCGAAUGUGGUGGAAUCACGGAUCUGAGUACUGUGAUGUUUGUUUUCACUGCCUGGAAAAGAAUGGCAGGUGAAACUUUUUGAUGAGGAGAAAGGGUACACCUUUAGUACACUGAUGCAGCACUUUUACGAUUGUGAUAUGCUAGAUCGGUACUAACUGUACAUAACCCAGUUAAUUUAAGCUUAGUUUGUAAUAAAGAUGUUGGAGUGAAUAAGUGAGGGUUCUUGCAUCGGAUUCAUAUUUCCCUUCACAACUCAAAUCCUCAGCGGUGCACGCUCACUGAACUAAAAUCAAUGGCGAGCAACACUGGAACUCUGGAAACUAAAAUGAUUCAGGAAUGAUAAACAUUAAAUGGGCAUUGUUACUGACUGUGUCAACAAUUUGUCAAUCUUUUUUCCCACAGUGCCAGUGUUGCAUGCUAUUGAUUUCUGUUCAGUAAGUGUGUUCCCGAGGGUUUGGGUUAUACAGGGGAACAUGAGUUUGAUAUGGAACUGAAUCAGACACUGGUAAGUGCCAUGAACAGUUUACGGAACAUCAGGAUCUAGGGUCACUGCAGCAAACCCUAGCUGACCUUUAUGUCACUCUGACAAAGUUGAAAUAAAUCCAGUUUAGUCAUUUGGAAUUCAGUGCAUCUAAGGAAUCAGGACUUGAGUGAAUAUUGUUCUUAUCUAAUAUUAUCUUCUAAACAGAUAACACUAUGUAACACAAAUUUUGU